ACGUACAUAUAUGAACUAUUCAUGCAGUUAGUCCAGAACAACCAGAACAAUUAGUUUCCGCGUGAAGAUGGGUGUGCUCCAACGGUUGCUGGGUUCUCUGCUUCUAUGCAGUGCGCUUCUUUGCCUAGUUGAAGGAAAUGUUCACUACUAUGACUUUGUACUCAAGGAGGCCAACUUUACAAGGUUAUGUCGGACUAAGAGCAUGCUGGUAGUCAAUGACAGUUUUCCAGGGCCAGUCAUUCGUGUGCAAAAAGGUGAUACUGUUUAUGUCAAUGUCCAAAAUCAAGGAGCCUAUGGCCUUACUAUUCACUGGCAUGGUGUGCAUCAACCAAGGAACCCUUGGUCAGAUGGUCCUGAGUAUGUCACGCAGUGUCCAAUUGAACCAGGAUCAAAUUUCACUUACGAGGUUAUAUUUUCUGAUGAGGAAGGAACACUUUGGUGGCAUGCUCACAGUGAUUGGACCAGAGCUAGUGUCCAUGGUGCCAUUGUUGUUAUGCCCUCAAAUGAGACGGGUUUUCCAUUUCCAGAGCCAGAUGGAGAAGAAAUAGUUGUACUUGGUUCUUGGUAUUACAUUGAUAAUCUGAAUGAGGUGGUUGCUGAGGAUGUCGAAGAUGGUUCUGACACUCCUCGCUCUGAUUGCUACACCAUGAAUGGACAACCAGGAGAUUUCGGCCUAUGCUCAAAUGAUAGUACAUAUCGCUGGCAAGUGGAGUAUGGCAAGACAUACCUUCUUCGCCUGGUUAGUGCAGUUAUGAAUGCAGAACUUUACUUUGCUAUUGCUGAACAUAGCCUCACUGUUGUUGGUUUGGAUGGAGCAUAUGUUAAACCAAUUGUGACCGAUAAUAUCAUGAUUUCCCCCGGACAAACCAUGGAUAUUUUGGUCACAGCUAACCAGUCUCUUGGUCAAUACUACAUGGCUGCUAGACAAUUUGAUAGUGUUAGGCCAGAUGAUCAAGAAUAUGACAAGUCAAAUGUUACAGCAAUUCUGGAGUAUAAAGGCAAUUACACAACCCCAGCAUACCCAAUUUAUCCAAGUACCCUCCCUUCCUAUGAGGAUUUAUUACCUGCAAUAGAAUUUACAGACAAAAUCAAGAGCUUAGCAAGCAAAGACCACCCAAUAAAUGUGCCAGUGAAUAUAACUACCAAAAUGUACAUAGCGGUUGAGAUGAAUAAUGGUUCUGUGAUUGAGGGUUCUGAUGAUGUGACAGUUUCUCUUCUUGCAAGUUUAAACAAUAUAAGCUGGGUUAAUCCAACUACAGAUGUGCUACUUGCCUACUACAGGAACAUGAGUGGGUUUUAUGCCUCAGACUUCCCAGAUUUUCCACCAUAUAUGUAUGACUUUGUGAAUGACAAUUUGCCUGAUAAUACUGAGGUAACUGUCAAGGCAACCAAGGUCAAGGUGUUAGAGUACAAUGAAGAGGUGGAAAUAGUGUUUCAGGGUACUAAUACGAUUAAUGCAUCAGAGAAUCAUCCAAUGCACUUGCAUGGCUAUAGCUUUUAUGUAGUCGGAUCAGGUUUUGGAAAUUUUGACAAUGUGAGAGAUCCCCAAAGCUACAAUUUGGUUGAUCCACCGAAGAUGACCACUGUUUCAGUCCCAAUGAAAGGAUGGCUUGCUAUCAGGUUCAAAGCAAGUAAUCCUGGGGUUUGGUUAUGGCACUGUCAUUUGGAUCGACAUUUCAGUUGGGGCAUGAGCUUUGUGAUGAUAGUGAAGAAUGGAGGCACACCGGAGAUGUGCAUGCGAGAACCUCCUCCAUACAUGCCUCCCUGCACUGAUUCACCUACCAUCAGGUUGCGACCUUCCCACAAAUUCAGCAGGACGGGUAAAUAAAUUUGGAAUCAUAUACACUCGGGCCAUCUAUAUUGUAGUCCACAUGGGACUGCUGUAGUUUUUCAAUCCAAAUAGCAUUAGAAAAGUUUUAUCUAGUAUUGACCAAUAAAACUAUCAAUAUCUAUUACUAUAUCAUUGUUAUUCUUUGAAACCA